CACCUCGUACACAUCUCUAAUUUUGCACGAAUAUUUUGUAAUAGUUAUUAUUAAAAAGCGAAAUAAUGGUUAUUGGCGUCUUCCCGGCGGCCAAGCUCGGCGUCUUGGCCAUCAAGCAGAUCAGCAAGCCGAUAGCCAAUGUGAUAAAGUCCAAUGCCAAGUCGAGUCCCUUCUUCAGGAAGUACAUUUGCAUGCCGCCGGCGCAGUUCUACAAUUGGGUGGAGGUGAAGACCAAGAUGUGGGCUUUGAAUAUGGGAGGCCGGGUGAAUGUUCCGCCGCUGAACGAGGCGAUGGCCAUUGAGCUGGGCGCCAAUCUGCUGGGCGAAUUCAUCAUCUUUACGAUCGGAGCCGGUCUGCUGAUCUUCGAGUACUCACGUCAAACCAUCAAGGAGAACAAGAAGAACGAAUUGGCGCAGGCGGAGAAGAUGGAUUUGACCAACACGCUGACGGAGAUGAGUUUCCGUCUAGAGCGACAGGAUGCGCAGAUUCGCGAGAUGACGCGAGUGCUGGCCGAUCUAGAUUCCCGCAACAUCUUCCGCUGGCACAAGGAGCCCAUUCAGGAGUACGUGCCCUUUGAUCCCAGCACUCCCGAUCAGAGCGCCAGCUCCAGAAGCCCCAAAACCCUCGCCAGUUUGUAUGAUCCGCAGGGCGGCAUGGCCUUCCGGGCGCUGCACUUCCUGGACACGCAGAUCUUUGUGGACGGACGCAAUCGCAAGGCCAAGGAGGCCCUCCGGCAUCUCGACGAGGUGGCCGAGCAGCUGGAGCAAUCCUUGGGUGAGGCAGCCACUGUCACCUUGCCAGCGAAAGCAGAGCUCUGACCCAAUCGCCGGCUGGAAGAGGAUGUGGCCCUGCUCAUGAUGGCCGUGGCCAUGGAGGAGCAGUGAGGAGCUGGACUGCCACCGCUUGUACACAGACCAUUUCAUCCCUGCUAGUAGUUAUGAUCAAAUCGCGUGUUACCAUUUCGUACUCUAAGUGAAAAAGUCAAUAGUUGCGUAUAACUAUUGUACGUUUAGUAGUUAUAUUUAUUAAUUUUUAUUGUUACCGCAGACAACAACUAAAGAAAGAGAUGCAAAACAGUGUAAA